AAUGGGUCCGGUUAUUAUACAUAAACAAAUACUUAUGCACGCUGCAUAAGUCCAGCCCACUAGCCGAGCCCAACACGCCUAGCCCAACCCAUUCCUUCAUACAACCGCUUCCCACUAACGACGUUAACUCCAAAAGUAACGGUUAUCUCGAAACUAACAUUUUUCUGUCCAAAACCAACAACAAUCGUUCAUCAUCACCAUCGUCGGAAUCAACAUCAUCACCGGAAGCUACAUUCAUCAUCACCGUCACUGAAAUCUACAAUCAUUUCCAUCAGAGUUCACUCCUUCAUCAUCACUGUCACCGAAAUCAAUCUUCAAAACCAAUUACUGUUGAUUUCUUACACGCAAGUAAAGGAUCAUCAUCAACGAUUCACUUGCAAAAAGCAAAAUGAAGAAAACGACACAGGUGAAAAAAUCAAAGAACGUACAGGAAUUGCCAUCCUUCAGUAUCGGGCUGACACCGUCAGAUGAGGAUAAAAGGAAUGACACCGAUUCAUCAUCCAGUGGUGGUCAAAAACAUAAGCGAAAAACAGGAGAUGCAAAAGAUAAUGAAAAGAAGAAUAAAAAAAAGAAGGAACAUAAAAAGGGUGAUGAAAGCAUUGCUUCUCGUGGUCGUAAUAAGAAACCACAAAUAGAGGCACAAGAUUCCGAUGAGACAAGUUCGGAUGAUGAAAAUGAAAGGAAUGGUAAGAAAGUUUCUUGUGCUGUUGAAAAUGUGAAACAAGAUAUGGUGAAGAAAGAUUCUGAUGCAGAUGCAAGACUGAGGCAUAAGAUGAGUGUACCUAAGGUCUAUGACCUUAUGCAUUCAGUACAUGUCAAAAAAAGGAGAGACGAAAUAAUUGACCAACUAAACAACUGUGGCUUUGGAGGGAUGCUACAUAUCUGUAACUGGACAAGGAUCCACACCUUUUUUAUCGAUUGGGUUGUCAGAAGAUUUGAAAAGGAACAUAUGUGGAUAAGAUUGAGCGAUACGGAGGUCCUAGAGUUGAAAGAGGAUGAUGUGCAUAGAGUCUAUGAACUUCCAAUGGCUGGAAAGAAGAUAGACACUAAUCUUUGCUCUGAUGGAGCAAUUAGAAGGCUAAGGAAGGAAUUGGGAUUGACUGGAGAUUAUUCUCCAGUUGUGAAGGUUGCUGAAUUAGAAAGGAUACUGAAGACUAUAGAAAAACCUAAAACAUGGGUGAAGGGUAUAAUUUGUUUCAUCAUUCAUAACAUUUUGUGCCCGACUAAUAAAGGCAAUGUGUCACUGCAGUAUGCAGAUAUUUUAGAAGAUCCAGCCGGUGUAUCUUCAUAUAACUGGUGUUCACAUGUUCUAGACUAUAUGAAAAAAGGCCUGCAAUCUCCAGGAGUUUUAAAUCCAUUAGCAGAUUUCCACUUCCUAAUGAUUAACUACAUGGAUAAAAUGGGGAAACGAAGCCCAUUUUUGACGGGCAAAUACAAGCGGCCAUCCCUUCGUGAUUGGGAUGUCAAGGCGGCAAACCAGGAACUUGCCAAGAUCCAUGAUAUCAUGGGGCUUGAAAAUGGAUUGACAGCCGGGGUAACAAGUCUGUACAGACCCGCAGAAGGUCCGCUUGUACUGUGUUUUGAUGCAGACACAUGCCCACUGUCUAAGGCAGAAAUGUAUCUUAAUCACUGUAGGUCUUGUAUAAAUAUCUAUACUAGAUCCGCAGCAACAUUGGAACGACGAAUAGCUGAGGCAACUGUCGGAACUUCUGGGAAAAAAGAUGCAGUCCCAGAAGAAACAAAAACUGACAAGGACAAUUCAAUGGAAGCCCAGGCUGAAACUGAAAAGAAUAACAGUUCCAAUAAAGACAAUGAUGCAGACAAGCACAAUGAUGAAGGGUUGAAUAAUGACAAUGAUGCAGAAGAUGAGAUCAAUGCCAAAAGCAUUGAUGAAGAUGACAAUGAUGAAAAGGAUGAGAUCAAUGCCGUAAUAAUUGAUGAGGAUGACAAUGAUGAAGAAGAUGAGAUCAUUACCAAGAUGAUUGAUGAUUCAGUUAAGGCAGCAACCAAAAUCAUUGAUGAUUCAGUGAAGCUGACAAUGACACCGGAAACAAACAAUGUUGGACUCACAUUAACACAGGAAACUAUCAUGAAGUUUCCGGAGUUUUUUGAUGGGGCUGAAGCUUCAAACACAGGGUUCGAUAAAAAUCAUUCAGUGUCACAAGGAACAGAUUCAGUUACACAGGAAACUAUCUCCAAGUUUCCAGAAUUUUUUGAUGGGGCUGAAGCUUCAUAUGCAGAGUUGAAUAACGAUGAUUUAGUGAAAAAAGAUUCAGUGCCACAGGAAACAGAUUCUGAGCUAGUGUUGGUACCAGAUGCGAUGCAUCAGGAGAACCCUACAAAAUCUGACUCGAAUGUAGUCAUAAAGUAA